UUGGGGCUAAGCUUAUUUUAUAUUCUGCGAAACUUAAAUAUUUAAUGUAGCUUUUGAAGGGAAGUACCAAAUAUGUACUAAAUACUAAAUAUACAGUGCUAAAAAUGCAUUCUUUAAACAAAACAAGAAAAAUGUACACAUUUGUCAUCACCUGUGACAUAUGUUGUUUUUUCCUCUCUUACUAAGGUUUUUCCCUGAUCUGACCCUCUCCUUUAAUCAAUCCACAUCUUCAUUUAUCCUACCAUCUGUCACAGGGAUCUCUUACUCAUUUCUGCUUUAUAUAAUUUUCUCAAUUUCAUUCUCAUUCCCAAAGAUUUCUUGUGUUUGGUUACUGAUCCCUGUUUGCCCUUUAUAAAACCAGCUCUGCCUUCCCUUUGGUAGCAUGUUGGACCACAUGUCCAGGCGUUCUCGCUCCCUGAUCUCUCUUUUCCUGACCUCCCUUGCCCUCGCUCUAUCUGUGCUGGCUUUCUGUACGUCUUACUGGUGUGAAGGAACGCACAAGGUGGUCAAACCUCUCUGCCUUUCACCUGUCAAGAUGAAGAACUGCGGACAGAACAACAGUGAACCUUACACUACAGAAAGCCCCACCUCGGAUCCUCAGAACAUGUUACCAACAUUAUUACCAAAGCGAAGAGAGGAACUGGCCAGGAUUCGACAAAGACAAUUGGCCAAUGCAGUGCACUACAUUUGGGAGACAGGAGAAGACAAGUAUACCUUCAGAUAUUUCCACACAGGAUUUUGGGAGUCCUGUGAAAAGCAUGCUGAUGGAGAACGAUGUCGUCGGUUCUUGGAUCUCACUCCUGGAGAGACUCAUGGGGUUCUGUGGUUGUCAAUGAUUGCUGAGUUCAUGUACAUCAGUUUGUUGGGCAUGGGCUUUCUACUCAUGUGGGUGGAAGUGUUGUGCGCUCAUAAAGAAAUGCAUGCGCUCAAAAUCAACGCUUUCGCAGCCAUAUGCACAGUGCUCUCAGGACUUUUAGGGAUGGUGGCUCAUAUGAUGUACACUACUGUAUUUCAGCUAACUGUGAUUGUAGGGCCCAAAGACUGGAGACCUCAGACGUGGGACUACGGCUGGUCAUUUGCGCUUGCAUGGGUGUCUUUCAGCUGCUGCAUGUGUGCUGCAGUUAUGACCCUUAAUUCUUACACCAAAACAGUCAUUGAGCAGCGUCACCGCCAGAGGCUUCGAUUAGAGGAGGCCCGUGCUACAAGCCACGCUCCGUCCUAUGAGGAGGUGGUCCCAGGUGGUGGGCUGUACUCUGUCAGCCGCCUAUUACAGUGCCCAAAUGGGAUGAUAGACUCUAUGUGGGCAUCCGAUGGGAGCAUGGGACUGGUGCAAGAAAGCGAUGUGCCCACCCUGGUACUGUUUGGAGGAUGCGGACAAGAUUCAUGUGAGGACUGCGAGAGAGAGAUGGAUGAGAUGAAGGAGGCCAUGAAUGGAAUAGAUUCUCCUUGUUAAUCGAAGAUGAUGUGAGUUGAAGGGCUAGUUCACCCAUAAAAUAAAAUUUUGUCAUUAUAUUAGUCCUCAUCAUGCCUUUCCAAGCCUAUAUUACUUUCUUUCGUCUGUGAAAACUUGAAGAAUGUUAGUAAUCAAACAGAUUUGGUUACCACUGAUGCCCAGUGGAUGGAGAAAAAAAACAUCUUAUUAUCGUAAAACAUCUUAUUUUAUGUCACAAGUCACACAGGUUUGGUUUGACCUGUAAAUGAUGACAGAAUUUUCAUUUUGGGUGAAAUAUCCAUAUUUACUGUAGCUUUUAUAACAAUGGCCUUGCUUGUUUUGUUUGCCUGAAUAACUGACUGAUGAGCAAAAACUGUCUAUGCAAAAUGUCUAGAUGAUUUUUUUCAGAUAUGUCUGUGGCUGAAAUUCAGUCAGUUUGAGAUACUGUAUGUAGACACACAGUAGGUGUGAGAAAAGAGUCCCCCUCUGUGUGUGAGUGGAUUUCCAAGUGUGAGGAUUUAGGAAAAUGUCAUUUAUAUGUUGAAAGGUAUAAGCCUUUUGAGUGGAUUAUACUGAUCACAAAGCCUGUAUUAUUUUCAUGUUAUAAUCUAACCAAAAAGUUACAUCUCAUGUUCUCUGUAUUUUUUUUCUUGCUUUAUUUGAUUUAGAAUUUAUACCCAAACCAUAACAAAUCAUAAAAAAUAUAUUAAUGAAAUUAAAAUAAUGUAAAUUCUAAAGAAUUGCUAGAAAUAAAUAUCUAAUAA